CGGGAAGGAAAAGAAAGAGCAAGUGGUCUCGGGAAUAAGGGUCGGUUUGUCCGAAAAAGGCAAUUACCCUUGGCAACUUUCUCACAGUCGGUCGACACAAGGCUUUCGACUUUCUCAACACCCUACCGGUCGGCACCUCAAGAUAUUCCCUAUGGCCACCACAAAAGCUACGAAGGGCAAGGCUGCCGCCUCAAAAGCCAAGUCUCCAAAAGACGUCAAGGCCAAGGCGGCCAAAAAGGCAGCGCUCCAGGGAGCCCACUCGCACUCUUCACGCAAGACGCGGCUGUCAGUGUCGUUCCACCGCCCCAAGACCCUCCGAUUGGCCCGCAGCCCCAAAUACCCGCGCAAAUCCAUUCCCCACACACCAAGGAUGGAUCAGUUCCGCACCAUCGUCUCACCUCUGAACACGGAAUCAGCGAUGAAGAAGAUUGAAGAACACAACACGCUGGUUUUCAUUGUUGACAUCAAUUCGAACAAGCGGCAGAUCAAGGAUGCUGUGAAGAAGUUGUAUGAUGUUCAGGCGGCCAAAGUGAACACGCUUAUCCGACCGGACGGCAAGAAGAAGGCAUAUGUUCGCUUGACACCUGAUCACGAUGCUCUGGAUGUGGCCAACAAGAUUGGAUUCAUCUAAGCGUAGUACGUUUCUGUAUGCGAUAGGACCCAAUAUGAGCUGCUGCGAUCAUGUGAUUAAUUAUAUUUUGAGAAAGAUGAAAAUAAUAUUAUCCGGUUCUGUUCCGAAGAGGG